GGAAAAUAUGCUCAGUGCAGCCGCGUGUGUGAAUGCAAACGCCGCCAGGCGCUUCUUCUAGUCGGGCAAGAUGCAGCCGAGAACUCCGCUCACCCUGUGCGUCCUGCUGUCCCAGGUGCUCCUGGUAACAUCUGCAGGUGAUUUGGACUGCACCCCCGGAUUCCAGCAGAAAGUGCUACACAUCCACCAGCCUGCCGAAUUCAUCGAGGACCAGCCGGUCCUAAACUUGACCUUCAGUGACUGCAAGGGCAACAAGAAGCUGCACUAUGAGGUCUCAAGCCCAUACUUCAAGGUGAACAGCGAUGGCACCUUAGUGGCUGUCAGAAACAUCACUGCGGUGGGCAGGACCCUGUUUGUCCACGCAAGGACUCCUCAUGCCGAAGACAUGGCAGAACUCGUGAUUGUCGGGGGGAAAGACAUCCAGGGCUCCUUACAGGACAUUUUUAAAUUUGCAAGGACAUCUCCUGUCCCAAGACAAAAGAGGUCCAUUGUGGUGUCCCCCAUCUUGAUCCCAGAGAACCAGAGACAGCCCUUCCCCAGAGAUGUUGGCAAGGUCGUUGAUAGUGACAGACCCGAAGGGUCCAAGUUCCGGCUCACGGGGAAGGGAGUGGAUCAAGACCCUAAAGGGACUUUCAGAAUCAAUGAGAACACGGGAAGCGUCUCCGUGACACGGACCCUGGACAGAGAAACGAUCGCUACUUAUCAACUGUUUGUGGAGACCACAGAUGCCAGUGGCAGAACUCUGGAGGGACCAGUGCCUCUGGAAGUCAUCGUGAUUGAUCAGAAUGACAACCGACCCAUCUUCCGGGAAGGCCCUUACAUCGGCCAUGUCAUGGAAGGGUCACCCACAGGGACCACGGUGAUGCGGAUGACAGCGUUUGAUGCAGAUGACCCGGCCACUGACAACGCUCUCCUGCGGUACAACAUCCGUCAGCAGACGCCUGACAAGCCGUCUCCUAACAUGUUCUACAUCGAUCCCGAGAAAGGAGACAUUGUCACCGUGGUGUCACCUGCGCUGCUGGACCGGGAGACUCUGGAAAACCCCAAGUAUGAACUGAUCAUCGAAGCUCAAGAUAUGGCAGGACUGGACGUUGGAUUGACAGGCACGGCCACAGCCACCAUUGUGAUCGAUGACAAAAAUGAUCACUCACCAAAAUUCACCAAGAAAGAGUUUCAAGCCACAGUGGAGGAGGGAGCCGUGGGAGUCAUUGUCAACUUGACAGUGGAAGACAAAGAUGACCCCGCGACAGGAGCAUGGAGGGCGGCAUACACCAUCAUCAAUGGAAAUCCUGGGCAGAGCUUUGAGAUCCACACCAACCCACAGACCAACGAGGGCAUGCUCUCUGUGGUCAAGCCCCUGGACUAUGAGAUCUCUGCCUUUCACACCCUGCUGAUCAAAGUGGAGAAUGAGGACCCAUUGGUACCCGACGUCUCCUAUGGCCCCAGCUCCACGGCCACUGUCCACAUCACGGUCUUGGAUGUCAACGAGGGACCAGUCUUCUACCCAGACCCCAUGAUGGUGACCAAACAGGAAAAUAUCUCUGUGGGCAGUGUGCUGCUGACAGUGAAUGCCACAGACCCGGACUCCCUGCAACAUCAAACUAUCAGGUACUCUGUUUACAAGGACCCAGCGGGCUGGCUGAGUAUUAACCCCAUCAAUGGCACUGUCGACACCACAGCUGUGUUGGACCGGGAGUCUCCAUUCGUCCACAACAGUGUGUACACUGCCCUCUUCCUGGCCAUCGACAGCGGCAACCCUCCUGCGACUGGCACCGGGACUCUGAUGAUCACCCUGGAGGACGUUAACGACAACGCUCCUGUCAUUUACCCAACGGUGGCUGAAGUCUGCGACGACGCCAGAAACCUCAGCGUGGUCAUCCUGGGGGCUUCAGACAAGGACCUUCACCCCAACACAGACCCCUUCAAGUUCGAGAUUCAUAAACAGACCGUCCCUGAUAAAGUCUGGAAGAUCUCCAAAAUCAACAACACCCACGCCCUCGUGAGCCUUCUUCAGAAUCUGAACAAGGCGAACUACAACCUGCCCAUCAUGGUGACGGAUUCAGGGAAGCCACCCAUGACGAACAUCACGGACCUCAGGGUGCAGGUGUGCUCUUGCAAGAACUCCAAAGUGGACUGCAAUGCGGCGGGGACCCUGCACCUCAGCCUCAGCUUGCUGCUGCUCUUCUCUCUCCUCAGCUUAUUGUCAGGUCUGUGAGAACGACACAUCUGAAGCUUGACUCCCCGGUUGCCAUAGCAACAGGAAAAAGAAAAAAAAAAAAGUCUAUCCAAAUCCGAAGAUUGCCGUUUACAGCUCUCAAACUUCACAACCAGGCCUCAACUGCCCCACGCCCUCCGUUUUCUUUGCAGUUUCGUUUAAUCUGUACCUCACCAAUUGACAGCAUCUUCCUUCCUCCUCUGAGUAACGGAACCCUCUGGAUUUGCCCUGAAUGUUUAAAGAUCAUGCGUGUCACUGGACCUUAAGGAGCAGGAACAAUGACUACUCUUCCUGAUGCGUCCGGUGCGUUGCUAGCCAGUGCUCCACCCAUUGCAGCUGCGCAGUGGGUUCCUACCUGUACGUGGAUGGGUAUCGGUCUGUGUGUAGGCCCACUGCAGCUGCGCAGUGGGUUCCUACCUGUAAGUGGAUGGUUAUCAGUCUGUGUAUGGGCCCAUUGCAGCUAUGCGGUGGGUUCCUACCUGUACAUGAAUGGGUAUCUGUCUGUGUAUAGACCCAGUAUUUGUGUAGAAGACUGCAGGAAAGAGACAGAGGAGGUGGAAACUCAGACAGCUCCGCCCCCGGUCAAGAUCAGCCCACUGAGCUGUCACUCACUUGUAUAGCAAGGGCCUGCUCAGUCUAAACACUGAAUGAAUGCUGACCGACCAGCCAGGCAGGUCCAGGGGGUGGGGGUGGGGGAAGGGCAAGGGAAAGAAGUCUUCUCUGCUGGGUAGGACUGCCACCACACCCCACUACCACCAAAUGCCAUGGCUUGAUGUUCCGACCCCCAAAGUGGGGAGCAAGGCAUCUUGCCAUCAGAGGCUAAGGGCUGAACUAUUCUCCCAUGGGCAAGAGUCUGCCACUGUACCACCCCAGACCCACAGUCCUACAGUCCUUGUGGUGACACAGAUCAUGGUGGAGACCCUCUCCCUCCUUGGUAUAUGUACAAGUACAAAAGUCACCAUGGCGUACCUAUGAAGAGACCAACAGGUACCGUCUUGUAUGCACAUAUAUUACCCACACACGCAUCACGCAUAUCCGCACCGUUUGUUUCCUAUAUACAGGCAUAAAAUAGAGUAAGCCCAGGUAGUUUUUAAAGUACCCUUCCGUGUGACUACCGUUGUCGUUCGCAAAGCUGAGAAUAAAAAGUUGUUCAUUAUGUCUGGAAA